AUGACCGAUCUAACUCCCGUUUUCAAUGGCUUCCUUAAGCAACAUGAAGCUUCUAUUACAAAAAGAAGCUUUAGCUUGGACACCUUGGAUGAUUUUCUGAAGGAAGCUUAUAGAAUAGCAACUUCACUCCACGCCGACCUUAGGAAUAUACGACAGUCGUAUCUCUCGACUGCCCAACCGCGAAAGACCUUGAUUCGAUCGGCGCAUUUAGACAAACAAUCGAGGCCGCUCUCUGAUCGAGAACGCGAGGAGAUAGAUGCAAAUUCAAAGAAAAUGCUACGCGAGCUCAAUGCGAGCAUCCGCCGCCUCGAAGAUGUCGAGAAAGCACGAUCAGAAAUCGAGUCUAGGAUAAUUGAGAAGAAAUUCGCUCGCGGUUUAGGUGCGCUAGGAGCAUGGGCGGCAGGUGGCGCAUCGAUUAGCAGAUCGUCAGAACAUGUUGAAGCCGAAGAACGAGUGAAGACCAUUCGCAAUCAUCGGGAUAGCGUAUUGUGGCUCCUCCGGCACCGACUCCAAGAAUGCGUCAAGACACAACAAGAUAUGAUGGAAAUACGGUUAAUGAGGGAAAUGGAGAAGAGUAGGAGUGUGCUAGCUAAGUCACGAAACCACGAUAUUUCUCUAGGCGCGUUAGCGAGUGCGCAAGAGGCGGGAAGUCUUGCGGGGCCGAAAAGGAGGGCAAGUCAAGCAUUGCCUCCCGACGAGGCACCGACCUAUGCCCCAACAGGAGAUUUAACUACAGAACAAAUACAAAUAUUCGAGAAGGAUAACCAAGAUAUGCUCAAACAUUACGAGAGCACAUUAGAUCAAGUCAGGACUGCAGAAAAGUCACUGCUUGAAAUAUCAGAGCUCCAGACGCAACUCAUAGACACGUUAACGACACAAUCGGCGGGUAUUGAGCAACUAGUGACUGAUUCAGAAAAGACGACCGAGAAUAUAGGGGGAGCUAACAGACAGCUCGGGGAAGCAACACGGAAAGCAAGCCCAGCGAGGUACACAUUUUUUGCAACUUGCGGCUUAUGCGCAUUUUUGAUAGUAUGGGAUUUAGUUAUAUAA